AGACAUUUGUCUAUUACUGUACUUUCUCUUUUAUUGUUAUACUCACAAGUACAAUCUAUCUAUGUAGUUGUCUUACUUCUUCGUUAGAUUGUUUGGUUGACUCUGCACGCCUUGGUCUGCUCGCUAAGUCAACUUUGUUGUAUCCUUUUCUUAAUAAACAACGUUAUGAUUAAAAAAAAAAACAAAAAAAAAACUAUGUAUUAAAUAAAGUAUUUCACCAUAUCUGCACUAAAUUGGAGAAAUCAUUGUAUAGAUACAGAUAAGGUUUUCAUAUAGUUAAAAAAGAAAAUCCAUCAAAGUGAGCAAUAAGAAAACGAAACAAACUUUCUGUUACACCAAGCUUUUACACUAUGGCGAGUGUAAAAGAAUUGAAAAGUUUUUGAAUAAAUGACAAGAUUCGUUACACGAAUAAAGGAGUAGUAUUUCUCUAAAUCUAUAAGAUUUGUGCAAAAGAAAGCUGGAUGAAAAAGUUAUGAAAAAAAUUUAAAAAAAAAAAUAAAAAUUUAUGACUACCAACCACGUGCAAAAAUUAAGCUGAAGUUUUUAGAAAUAGAGAAAGUAAUAGAUAAAUUUUUGCAUGUAGUUGGUAAUCGUAAACUUUUAUUUAUUGAAUGAAACCAACAGAAACGAACAGAUUAAAUUUCUCAGGGAUGAAGUCUAUGAAUGUGAAUAUUGACAAACAUUCAAUAAAGAUAUAUAUUUCAUACAUCUAUCAUAGGAACACGACCAUUCAUUUAUCUUUCUUUUGCACAAUUCUUGUAGAUUUAGAGAAAUAAUACUCCUUUAUCCGUGUAAUGGAUCUUGUCAUUUAUUCAAAAUCUUUUCAAUUCUUUUACACUCGCCAUAGCGUAAAAAUUUUAUGUAACAGAAAGUGGGUAUUAAUUAUUAAGUGGGUAAGGUAUUAAUCCUUGGGGUUUACCUGAAAAUAUCCUCCGUCGAACCACGCACUUACUUUACUUCUCUUACUCCCUCUCAAGAUUAAUUCAUUAACCCCAGGCUGAGAACAGGAGAGGCAGAGAGAGAAGGAAAGGAAGCAAGAGGAUGGGGAGAGGAUUUUUUAGGGUGAGGACCCAAAGCUUAAAGUAGACUAAUCCAGGAAAUUAGAUUCUUGGGAAAUGGCGGAGAGGCUGAAGCUAUGUAUUUUCUUGGGAGGAAUUGACAAUGAGACAAAAUAGUGAAAGAUAAACUAAGUUUGCUUCAUCAAUCUACUCCGCAAGGAUUUUGGCAUACCACCGCUUCUGAAUAGGAACCAUUGAGGGAGUGACAUAGGCCAGAGUAUCCCAACUUCAAGGACUAGCCUAUAUGCUCAAACCAAUGACGUCUUUCUAUGGUAUGAAGAGGAUCUCUGGCUUUAAUACCCAUAAGAUUUUCGCAUAAACUACUUAGGGGUUUUGAAUUUCAUUCGAAAGGGAAAACCUCUUUCGAUGGCAUAUCCCGGCACCUUCCAUUCCCAUUGAGUAAAGAACUGGAAAGCUUUACCUUUUCAGCUGUGGUUUCCUACACUCAGCUUAGGGAACCAUUAUACCACACCUACCCCUAGUGAUUGGGUAAAGAGUUAAAUCGCAGUUAGCGUGGGGACCAAGAAAUAAGCAUACCACCCACUGGAUGCAUACCCAUGCGGACCUUCAGGAAUGAAGAAGCAACGUAGAGUGAGGAUGGAAAAUAUUGUGCCUAACCUUAAGCUAUCUUAAAGGAUCUCUAAGGAUUUUCAUGCCCUACCCUUCUAGCAACUCGCUCUUGUCUCCCUGUGGUAAGUUUCAUACUAACCGUCUUCGUGACUCACUUAAAGAUAGUUUCAUAUUUAGUAUUGAGUGAAUCCUUAUCUUGAGAAGUAAUGUGCUUCUGUACAACAGAGGAUUUAUGCAAGGACAUCGCUGCUCAAUUAGUCUUAUGCUAUCAGGAAUAACCUUUAGGAGAGCGUGAGGGUGGGGGUGAGGGGUGAGGGCGGGGUGAAUAAAAGUUGAGUCAGGGGUCCCUACGCCAAUUAUUCUGUUAGGUGAAUUUAAAGAGGGGUGCUAUUGGCCUCUUGCUCCGGGUAGCUCCAAUUAAGCGUAAGAUAUAAUUUUUCAAGGUGAGGGAGCAUCGCAUUUUUUGAAACACUGAAGUUUUCGUUACUUUUCGUUUUCUGUCCUUAAAAAUGAGAAAACUGAAAAAAGAGAAUUUUGAGAAAACUCACGUGAGGGUCUUCAGAAUUUGAUAGUGAACAACUACCCAUACUAUUGGUUCAAAAGGCUUCCUUUGACCGAAACUGGUUGAAAGUUUUUUCGCAAAACAUUUUUAAGCCCUGAAAUUUCAUCAGGAAGGUAAAAGUGAAACUUCUGCGUCAUCAUUUCAGAAUGACGAAAAUUUUUUUGAUAUACAAUUCAGUGUUUUCCAUCGAACUACGGUAGAAUCAACUCUUUACAACUAAAACUGAAGUUUUUUAUUGAAAUUUUAAGAAAUGGCAAAAAACCUGGAAAAACUAAAAGAAUUUUUUCUCGAAAACUAUAAGCUCGGGAACCAAAAAAAGUUUUGGGGGCAUAUACUCCGAAGUGUCCUCUACAAAAGAAAAAUCAGAUGGGGGACCUACCUUAACUAUUCUUUUGCUUCUGUAGAUAAAGCCGUUAUAUUUGCUCAUGACUUCUCUGGUAUAUGACUGCAUCUGUUUUUAGACGUCAUGAACGAUUAUAUACGAAUAGGAGCAAAAUGAGAUUUCGAGUUGGCAUUUGUAAGCUGUUUCGGGACGUGAAACCUGUUUAUAAAGUUGUUACUAUUAUAUUGUGCGUUCCGCUAGUUUGGUUUUUUUCUGCAAUCGAAGGAAUAAUACGUCAAUUAUCUAUGGACACAAUUUCAUCGGAGUUUUUUGUUAACACUAUGGUCGCCAACGUCACUAAUAGGUAUAGCAAUUUCGCGAUUCCAUUCAAUACAGAAAAUGUUAGAAACUAUCGACCGCUAUUAAUUCGCAUUCCGUUCUUUAUACUUACUUUAUCCAAUCGAGUUUAUUUAAGAUCUUUUUCGUCAAAUACUAGUAUUCCAAAUGUUCCAGGAUUGUCAAGUGAUUCAAAUUUGUUAAUAUUAAGCGUUCAAGCUAGCUUAUUACGAUAUGGUGGAUGCAUUACAUUUAUUAUGGUUUAUCCUACGGAUAUUCGUUCAACUUUACGUGACAAGAAACGACUAAAGAAAAUUCCUCAAAAGCAGCCGUUUUCAGCUCAUCAGUUAGAUUUAUGGUGCAUAUUCGAAGAUGGUUCAGUCUCACCUGCUUACAGCUACGAUUCAAAUCACACCAAUGAAAGGGUGUCACUUUUGGAUUGUCCGUUAACGGAGUAUGGAAUGAGCAAAUUACGGCCAAAUCAACGAAAAGCUGAAACUAUCUUAGUAUAUGUUGCUUCAACGACAUCGAAAGACCCUAUCAUGAAAGCUGAAGUUAGUAUACCACAAAUUCCAACAUUAUUACAAAAUCAGCCUAUUUCUCUAACCCUUUGUACAUCGCCCCUGCAUAACAAGGCCAAAUUUUUAGCACAAUGGAUUGAAUUCCAUCGUUUAGUUGGUAUUACAAAAUUUGUCAUUUAUAACUCCACAGACAUCUCAAAUGAACUUGAAUCUGUCUUAGCUGCUUAUGAUAAGGAUUUUGGCCUGAUUGACGUUGUACAAUGGAAUUUUUUUUCAUUGCGUUUAAAAGACGGGAAUUCUCAAAGGUAUUUUCAAGUUGAAGCUGUUCAUGAUUGCUUUCUUCGCUUUGGAGAUCAAUCGGAAUGGGUGGGAACUAUUGAUUUGGAUGAAUAUUUGGUUCCACUUUCUCCUUAUGAGACCAUUAGUGAUUUUUUGAUGAAGGAGUACCGUAGGCGAGUUAUUGGUUCUAUUAAUCUAAGGAGUAAUUUUUUUUGUGCAAAAAAUGCAAGUGGACUUAGUGAAAAUGAAAGAGAUGAUAGUUUAUUAGUUGUUGAAAAGUUCACGCAAAGAGCUCAAUCGCGUCAUAAAAGUGGUAGACAAAAAUAUCUUUAUCGUCCAAGGUUUGUCCAGUAUUUAUCGAUUCAUCAGCAGGUAAUAGGUCUGUCUAAAGUAGAACCAUCUGAAAGUCGAAUAAUGUUAGCACAUUACGCAUCAAUGGAUCGUUUUCGAAAAUUUCCUGGUUGCGAAGAAAAUCAAUAUAUCGAAGAAACAGCAAUCAGGGAUAAAUAUGCAUCGAAAAUUUGGGAAGGUUUGAAACGCAAGCAUAGAUAG